AGGAAGAAAAAAUGAGAGGGGAAAAUGGUGUUGCGAUUAAAGCCCUAGUUUGGUGUCUUGUAUUGCAAGCUAUCAUAUUUCAAGGCGAUUCGAUGGUAGGAGACGUGGGUUUCAAGCUAAUGAUGAAGAACGAAAUGUAUGGCUUGAAACGUCCAUCGGUUCUCUACCGGUGCAAGUCGUCUGACAAAUCCCUUCGGUGGCACAUAUCGAUUCCCCAUGCGGAAUUUACAUGGGAUUUCGAAGUCCCGCCAUUUGGAACCGGCGUGGUCAUCCACCGUUGUGAAUUCAAGUCAAGCCAAGGGACAGCGGAGGUUGAGAUUAAGACGUUGUCGAUGACAUCUACGUUGUGCGGAGGGCAUUUGUGUAAAUAUAUCAUUAGGCCGAAUGGUGUAUACUUCGUUGGUUUUGAGACCUAUUAUCCGCACAAUAUCUUGUUAAGAUUUCUUGAGUUCGUGAGACCUGUUGACAAGCUUGUCGAGCCAUGGAAGGCGUGGUCUCCACGGCAGCUAAAGGCUUUGCGGGAACGUACCAGCAACAGAACCAGGUCACACGAUGACAAAGAUGUUGAUGAGGACGAGCAAGACGAUGAUUAGGACAGAUCAUUUCUGUAAUGUCGCUUACCAAAGUAGCAAAACGUUUUACUAAAAAAAGGCAAAGAAAAACCUAAGAAAGAGAACAUAACGUUAGAAGUAGUUGAAUUUCUUUGUGUGAUAUGUACAAAUUUUUUAUCUACAGAUGGUAUUGAAUCGAUCGUGUUGGUCAUUGUCGUUUGUAUCAUGUGGUGGACUAAUUCUCUCGUCCUUUUUUCGGCCAGCGUAUGGAUUUAAUUUAAUUUUGUUAAAAUUUCUUUUUUACGGCUUACAUAUUCUUUCUUUGAUGAAAAAACAAAAAAAAAAACAAGUCAUAACGAUCAACAAAGCUGCAUAUUUGAUAUGGAG